GAGAAUAUAUAACAGUUAUUAUAUUAUUGUGCUUUAUCUGUUAUUUGUAUAUUCAAGUUGAUUAGAUAAAAGCAUCUAUGACUAACUGAUAACAUGUUAUCAACAUGUAGUGCGACUGAUCAAUAUUGAAGCAAGUUCUAUUUAAAUGUAUUUAAAAAAUGAGCAACAGAAAUGAGAGGACCAACAGAAUAGAAAAUAGGCAAGAAGCAGUUGAAGAAAACCAAGAUCACAUUCGAAAUGUAGAGCCUCCACCUCCGUAUACACCUGUGGAUAUGUUGCAUGGACAAGUGAUAACUAAUCAACCUGUCAUACAUCAAACUAUUAUUGUGCAACAGUCUCUAAAAGAUCAACCAGUCCUCAUUGAUUGUCCAAGUUGCCAUAAAAGGUCCAGGACUAAUGUGGUCUUUGCAAAUUCCCAAAAAACACACAUGAUAGCCGGUUUCAUUUGUGGUCUUACCAUGUGGUGUAUGUUAUGUUGCCUUGCUGCUUUACCUUACACAUUGAAGAUAUUUAAAAAACCAGAACAUUAUUGUUCACAUUGUAAUUAUUAUUUGGGUUCUGCCUCGUAAGUUUUAAACAAAAUUGUAUGCAUACCUUAAAAAAAUA